UAAAAUUCCAUUGACAAGAAGAAGAAAGAUGGCGUCCUCUAACAAUCCUCGCAAAUUUAGCGAAAAAAUCGCUUUGCAUAACCAGAAACAGGCGGAAGAGACGGCCGCAUUCGAAGAGGUGAUGAAGGACUUGAAUAUCACAAGAGCUGCCCGGUUGCAGUUACAGAAGACCCAGUAUUUGCAACUAGGGCAGAAUCGUGGACAGUACUAUGGAGGCUCACUGCCCAAUGUCAAUCAGAUUGGAAAUGGCAACAUUGACCUGCCUUUUCAGAACUCUGUCCUGGAUACCAGUCGGACAACCAGGCACCACGGGCUGGUGGAGCGUGUUUACCGUGACCGGAACCGCAUUACAUCUCCUCACCGUCGACCGCUAUCAGUUGACAAACAUGGACGCCAGAUUGACAGCUGUCCUUACAGCUCGGUUUACCUCUCCCCACCACCAGACACAAGCUGGAGAAGGACAAAUUCAGAUUCUGCCUUACAUCAGAGCACCAUGAAUCCUAAACCUCAAGAGGUUUUUGCAGGGGGAUCACAGGAGAUCCAGCCUAAACGAGUGCCAGGGACAGAGAACACAGAAACAAAUCCAGACAAGGAUGCACAAAAACAGCUGUGGGAUGACAAGAAGGAUGACUCCUCGAAGCCAGGCACAUGUGAUGUCCCAGGAAUUAAUAUAUUUCCAUCACCAGACGAGGAACUGAACCCUUCGGUGCUCCCACCUCCACACAACACUGGUGGUUCACUGCCUGAUCUCACAAACAUCCAGUUCCCUCCUCCGCUGUCCACCCCACUGGACCCAGAAGAUGCAGUGGCCUUUCCAUCGCUUAGCUCAUCCAACAGCACAGGCAGCCUCACUACCAACCUCACGCACCUCGGCAUCAGUGCUGCUAGUCACGGUAUCGCUGUAUCCUCCCCUCAACCCACAAUGACAGUAACAGCCCAGCGCCGGCAACCGACUGUGGUGCCGCUCACCCUCACAACUGAGCUCCAUCUCCAACAGUCUCCACAGCAGCUCUCACCCACACUGUCCUCACCCAUUAACAUCACACAGGCUCUGCCAACAGAACCGCUGACGCUUGAGCAGCAGCUGGCCCAGUACCCCCUGUUCAACCAGCUGACGGCUCAGGCCCAGGCUCAGCUCCUCAGUGACCUCCAGAAGCAACAGCAGGCCUUGUCACAAGGUAUCCAGCUCAUCACAGUGCCAACUCCAGCCUCCACCGGAACCUCUACGGCCACUGCGUCCAGUCCCUCCCCGGACAGCCAGAGCCAGACCAGUGCCAGCAUCAGCAUCAGCUCGUAUCGCAAUCAGACUGGCUCACCAGCCACUCAGUCUCCAACCUCCCCAGUCUCCAAUCAAGGCUUCUCUCCUGGCGGCUCGCCUCAACAUAUUCCUGUGGUGGGGAGUAUAUUCGGCGAUUCUUUCUAUGAUCAGCAGUUGGCAUCAAGACAGACCAAUGCGCUGUCUCACCAGCUGGAACAGUUCAACAUGAUCGAAAACCCCAUCAGCUCCACCAACCUGUACAGUCAGUGCUCCACUCUCAACUACUCACAGGUGGCCAUGAUGGGCCUCACUGGGAGCAGCCUACAAGACGCUCAGCAGCUAGGGUACAGUAACCAUGGCAACAUCCCAAAUAUUAUCCUCACAGUCACAGGCGAGUCUCCGCCCAGUCUCUCCAAAGAGUUGACCAAUUCGCUGGCAGGAGUUGGCGACGUCAGCUUCGACGCAGACUCCCAGUUUCCAUUGGAUGAGCUGAAGAUCGACCCCCUCACCUUGCAUUUGCUCAGUGACCCCGACAUGGUACUAGCUGACCCUGCCACUGAGGACACUUUCAGGAUGGACAGGCUGUAACAUGGGAUCUGGUCACCAGCAGCAAGUCUUUAUGGGGUGGGGGGGAUACGCACUUGUGAAUGGCAAAAUGAAGGGCAGGAUUAACCCUCUCCCUCGUUGCAUGGCCGUCCUCGACUCCAUAAAGCCCUUUGAAAUGAUGCACCACCAAAAGACAACAGGGAAAAAAAGACAUCCAGUGGCUUGCCAUGGAAUGGCCUUGCUGUCGUAUUGAGAUUGGUUGCUCAACGCUUUUUGCUAGCCUGCUGUGUUUACAGUGUAUCAUUACAUGCUGCAUAUAUUCCAAAAUGCACAUUUGACCUUCAUUUCAUAUCCACUACAACAUUUCUUUUUGUAUAUAUUUUCUCAUAGCAAGGAGCUGCUAAAACAUUGGGCAACACCUCACACAUUAUAAAGGCUGUUAUAGUGGAAAGGGGGCUUAAAAAAAAAUAAUCAGCCGAGUUACUUGUAACCCUGCACUGAAUUUUUUUCCGGUCAUGCCAUAAUGGCUUUUUAUUUCACAAAGCUUUAUUUUUACAACCAAAUGUUAUUUUCGUCAUGUACUGUAAGUUUUGAUGCAUUAUAUGUUUGUUUGUUUUUUUUAUUUAUUUAUAGAUUUUAUAUUCCAUUUCAUAAUUUAAAUUUGAUGCCAAAUGCUCUUUGUAGGUGUAGUGUGAUAUUGCACUGUUAUGUAUCUAUUUAUUUGUCUUUAUUAAUUACUAACAUAUUUAUGUGUUUAUUUAAGCUACUUGGUUAAUGGAGUGGAAAACCUCCCCAUAGUUGCUCUUUGGUGUUUGAUGUGCCAUUCUAAUCUAGGGGCGUGGCCAGCGUUACCAUGAUGCAGCCCGACACUAAAGGGCAGUCCAAACGCUAAUGGCUUUUAGCACCAGUCCAGAAUAAUGCUGCUUAUUCUAUAAGUGGGCUGGUUAUUUUUUAACGUCACUCAAAAUGACAUUUUUCUCAGAAAAUCAUCAGGUAUUUCUAUUUAACUAGAAAGCAGAGAAAAAUAUCUUGAGUCUUUUUUUUUUUCUGCCAUUGAAAAGCGAGUACAUUUACAGAAUGCUCUUUUUGAGGAAACGUGCUGUUUUUAAACCAGAGUACAGUAAAAUCUUUCAAACUUUUUCAGUCAUCACUGUGAAAUCACCUGAUUUUGCCUUACAUAAGUAUUCUGCUGUUCUGCAUAAGUGUCUGAUGUGACGACGUAUUUUCGUAACUUAUUGUAACAUUUUCCUGUACCGAAAGGAACUUUUUGGUCUGUAAUAUUUGUGGUUAUGUUGUGCAAGUUUUGACAAAUCAGUGUACUGUAUUUUGUAGCGGUACAGUUUAUUGCCAAAUUCUUGUUUUAUAAAGCUGGAAAGAAAGAGGAAAAAAUUAAAAAUGAACGAAUGCUUUCAUUUGAUUGAGUGCAAUUUAUGGGGAGGCUUUUUGCUCCUUGGUAGGGAAGCUCUAACAAAAAUGCAGUUGAACAUUUUGUUGUUCUUGUACAAUGAACAAUAACAGCUGUAGUUGUUGAACAGUAUUGAACGCUUGGCAUCAGUUUGAUCAUUUUGGGGGCCCUUUAAUUGAAAGAUACUGUUGAAUCUAGAUGUAAAGCUCAAGCAAUAGCAGCAUGGAUUGGUUUAACAAAUGAUUCUGAUUAUUGCUCAAUCCCUAAAUUUCUUUAUCCAGAUUGUUACAAAAUUUUAUAUUGUGUGACCUUCUCCCCACCCCCACCCCCCCACUAGCAGGAAUUUCCUCAUUCAAUUCAGUAAUAUAAUGGUCACAUUUGUUACGCUUUCAGGGAUGUGGUAAACUAAUUAUUUACACCACAUUUUCAGCCGUACAGUGUUUACAUGCAUUUAGCUGAGCAUUUCAUAUGACCCGUUACUGCAUCUGUGACACCAUCUCCGUCGUUCAGGCGCCAUGCUUAGCGGUUUGCAGCGUUUGGUACAAAACGCUCUUCUGGGCUUUUUGUCAGAGUUUCCCUGAGAGCUGCUCUAUUGUAAAGUUAAUGUACAGAUGUGAUAAUUAUUUACUUAAAGCCCCCUUUGGGAAGAGUUCUUACCACCUGUUAAACCGAAGGGUUCAGAUUUACCAGAGUUAUUCCAUGUUUAAAAUGACCAUAUCAUAGCUUUUGUCUUUAAUACUACUGUGUGGGUCCUAUG